CUCCUCAUCCCAGUGGAAUGCGUCAGUUGAGUGAGUGAGUGAGUGAGAGAGAGAGAGUCAUGCAUGCAGUUCGCCGGGCCUAGUCUGCGUGGAGAUAUUUACACGCCAUUAAAAACAUUAGCGACUGCGUAAGUUGUUGUUAUCGUAUUACAUUAUGUCUAUUUCCGGGUGAAAUCACGGCUCAGAAGUUCGGGUGCCUGUGAACUGUUGACAAAAUAGCGGUUACGUGUGGAAAGGGAGGGAGUGCGAAACUGCAAACAGGGAAAAAAAAAUCGAGCGAUCGCUUGUUUCACUCAGGCUGCUGAAAGAAGCAGGAAGCGGACUAGAGCUGUUCACCUGUCGAAUGAAAGACUGCAUCGGACAUUUGAAGGAGAAGAACGCUAUGCUUUUGCUUUCUUACUGUGAUUGAAACCUUCCCAGUUUUUUGGAGUUCAACCCGAGACACAUAGGCUACAGUUAACUUUGAACAUUCAGUUUCCGUGAAUCCUACAUAAGUGGCGUCGGACAUUCCAUUCCAGUGGAAUAAUCUGUUCUAAAGAUGCAGCAUCCUCUUCAUCCCAUCAUGGAGCUGGCUGAGAAAUAAGAGACUGCAGAGACAGGAGGAGAAGGCACUCUGACAGACCAGAGUACAAGGACUCCACUCUUGUGUGGAAGCGAGCCGUGAACCACAUCCCUCUCCUCCGACCCUGUGUCUCAUCGAUUGACAUUGUGUGACUGAGUCUCCGCACCUGUCUGCUGGUCUGUGUGUGAUGAUGUCCUGCUUAUGAGGUUUUGAGUUCAUUUGUAAGGUUCCCAUGGUUUGGCUCCAGCGUGCUCUCUGCCAUGCCUCCCGCCAAGACAGAUCAGCUGGACUUGUGGGCGGAGUCAGGGAUGGAUGGAGACGACCAGGUGAUGGUGGACUUCCUGUUGCCCACUGGAAUCUAUAUCCAGAUGGAGGUUCCUCGCGAGAGCACCAUCCAACACAUCAAACUGUUGUUAUGGAAGGAGGCGCAGACAUACCCUCUCUUCUCAUUGCUGGGGGAGAUGGAGGGUCACAUGUUCGAGUGUGUGAACCAGGCAGCAGUGCACGAGGAGCUGGAGGAUGAGACCAGGCGUCUAUGCGAUGUGCGACCAUUCCUGCCUGUCCUCAAACUGAUCACACGCAACUGUGGACGUGCAGAGCGCCUACUAGACUCUAAGAUCGGAGUCCUCAUUGGGAAAGGUCUUCACGAGUUGGACGCCCUGCAAGACCAGGAAGUGAAGGACUUUCGUUCCAAAAUGAAGCGAAUCAGCGAAGAGAAAAUGCACCAAAUGCAGAUGAUGUCAUGGAGGGAGUGGCUUCGGAGCUGUUACUCACCUCAGCUGGAGACAGGGUUAUUGGAGAAUUUGAUUGAAAAGCAUGAGGGCGUCAUCAAAAUUACCAUGCACUACGACCAGUCACAGGACACAGCUAGCCUGAAAGUGUCAUUGCAUUGUACAGUAUCUGAACUAAUGGACCAGGCUCUCAAGAAAUGGCAGACCACUCAUGGCCCAGAGGAAGAUAUUGGUGCCCGUAGCGAUUAUGUGCUGCGUGUCAGCAGCAAACUUGAGUUCCUCUUUGAAGAUCACCCUCUUAAUCAGUACAAAUACAUUAGGGCUUGUUUGUUGGCAAAUGAGAACCCUCAUCUGACAAUGGUUCACUGUAGCGUUGUGAUGGCCAUGUUUGAGAAGGAAAUCAGCACCAUUGGAUCGGUGCUUGCACGGAAGACUUCAAACCCUCCUUUACCACUGCCCCCGAAGAAGAGACAGUCAACGCAGUUACAUACGUGUGUUUGGAAGGUUCAUUCUAUGUUCAGAAUCAAUCUUGUGAAAGGUAACAAGGUGAACGCUGACGAUGCUGCUAAGAUCCAGGUUCGAGCAGGGCUGUUUCACGGUACAGAGCUGUUGUGCAAGACAGCAGUCAGCAGUGAGAGCAGCAGUCGAUCUGAACAUGUGUGGAACAAAACACUGGAGUUUGACAUUGCUGUUUGCGACCUGCCGCGGAUGGCGCGCCUCUGUUUCGCCAUUUACGCCGUCAUGGACAAAGUGAAGAAACAGAGAUCCACUAAGAACCCCCAGAGCAAAUACCAGACUAUCCGCAAGGCAGGGAAAGUGCACUACCCAAUAGCAUGGGUGAACACGAUGGUGUUUGACUACAGAGGGCAGCUGAAAACUGGUGACAUUAUCCUUCACUGCUGGUCCUCUUUCCCUGAUGAGCUGGAAGAGAUGGUGAACCCUAUUGGGACGAUUCAGACCAAUCCAUAUACAGAGAAUGCCACAGAACUACAUAUAAGCUUUCCAGAAUACUCAACACAACCAGUUGUAUUUCCCGCUUUUGACAAGAUCUUGGAAAAAGCUGCAGAAAUAGUAGGAUCCAGUGAUUCAAUGACAAUGGGUCGUGGGGGUAAGAAGUUUUACAUAGAGCUGAAGGAGAUCAUGGAAAGGGAUCCUCUCUCUCAGCUGUGUGAGAAUGAGAAAGAUCUGAUCUGGACGCUUCGCUACGACUGCAGAGAAAACUUUCCUCAGUCUCUCCCCAAACUGCUGCUGUCUGUCAAAUGGAGCAAACAUGAAGACAUGGCUCAGCUACAGGCUUUGCUGCAGAUUUGGCCCAAGCUAAGCCCUCGAGAUGCUCUAGAACUCCUGGACUUCAACUAUCCUGACCAGUUUGUCAGGGAAUUUGCAGUCAACUGCCUUAGAGAUAUGAGCGAUGAUGAGCUGUUGCAGUAUUUGCUGCAGCUUGUGCAGGUGUUGCGCUAUGAGCCUUACUACGACUGCGCCCUCAGCCGUUUCCUCCUGGAGCGCGCUCAGACCAGCCGCAAAAUCGGCCAUUUCCUAUUCUGGCAUCUCAGGUCUGAAAUGUACAUGCCACCGGUAUCGGUUCAUUUUGCUCUGAUUUUGGAAGCAUACUGCCGAGGCUGCAUCCCACACAUAGAAGUUCUCAAAAAACAGGUUGAAGCUCUCAGUAAGCUGAAAGCUGUAAAUGAGCUGAUUAAAUUGGCCACCAUAAAAACGAAGGCAAAACAAGCUCAUCUUAAAGAGGCCAUGAUGACAUGCCUUCGACAGACGGGAUUCAUCGAGACUCUUUCCGACCUGCAUUCACCUCUCAACCCCAACUUAUUGCUCGCUGGAGUCAAUGUUGAGAAGUGCAAAUACAUGGACUCCAAGAUGAAACCUCUGUGGAUUGUUUACAAUAACAAGCUGUUGGGAGGAGACACAGUGGACAUCAUCUUCAAAAAUGGAGAUGACCUGAGACAGGACAUGUUGACUCUACAGAUCUUGAGGUUGAUGGAUCUGCUAUGGAAGGAGGCCAACCUGGACCUCAGAAUUGUGCCUUAUGGCUGCUUGGCAACAGGAGAUCACUCUGGUCUGAUUGAGGUUGUGUCUUCAGCUGAUACCAUUGCGAACAUCCAAAAAACAAGCAGCAACAUGGCUGCUGCUGCCGCCUUCAAUAAAGAUGCGCUGCUGAACUGGCUUAAAGACAAGAACUCGGGAGAUGCUUUGGACAAAGCCAUUGAGGAGUUCACUCUAUCAUGUGCUGGUUAUUGUGUUGCCACCUACGUCUUGGGCAUUGGUGAUCGUCAUAGCGACAACAUCAUGGUUCGCAGUACAGGGCAGCUCUUCCACAUAGACUUUGGUCAUAUCCUAGGAAACUUUAAAUCCAAGUUUGGGAUCAAGCGUGAGCGUGUUCCUUUCAUCCUCACUCAUGACUUCAUCCACGUGAUUCAACAGGGAAAAACGGGCAACACUGAGAAAUUUGGAAAUUUUAGGCAAUACUGUGAGGAAGCGUAUCUGAUUCUGAGGAAGAAUGGAAAUCUGUUCAUCACACUCUUUGCUCUGAUGCUCACAGCAGGCCUCCCAGAGCUUACAUCUGUCAAAGAUAUCCAGUAUUUAAAGGACUCUCUGGCAUUAGGUAAAACCGAUGAGGAGGCCCUCAAACAGUUCCGACAGAAGUUUGAUGAAGCUCUGCGAGAGAGUUGGACCACCAAAGUCAACUGGAUGGCCCACAUUGUGGCUCACCCUUCAUAAACACUAACAUCUGGCCACACAAACAUCUCACCAAACUGAAGUCAGGAUUCAGCAUUAAACUGUCUACUACAGUCAAACCAGCUUAUUUAUGAUCUCAGAAAAUUGAUGGCUGAAUCACAUGGAUCUAAAUGAUCUUCAGAGGUCUAGAGUCUGCAGGUAUAAAUGAAAAACUCAGCCUCUACCCCUUUUUGUUGUGUUGAAUAUCAGCUGCCUCUGACCAUAGUAGAGCCAUGCAAAACCCUGACUUGACACUGGAUGUAAAAGCAAGAACUUCAGCAUUUUCUUCCUCCACUGAAAACACUGAAAAGUCAAUAAACAAUAAACAACUCCAAUGUGUCCUUCCAGAGAGAAAGAGAAGUUACCGAACCUUGAAACAACAAGGCAGGUUUUGGCCAUCCAGAAAUUAGAUUUUUUUUUUUUUUUUUUUUUGUACAGCCGUGUUUAUGUAUCGGGACUUUUGAAAAUGGACCAAUCAGAGCACAAGCUCAGAGGAAGUGCAUCUUAUCAGACCAAAAGGUAUACAUGUGCCUCUCUGCACAAGAAACUUUUUGUUUGUAUUUGCUUUUGAAUUUUUUUAAACUGUAUGUGCCAGACUACUUUAUUAUGAGAAAUAGUCUUUAAAAACACUGGAAUCAUGUUAUAGGUAUAAAUAUUUUAUGAAUUUUAAACGUUGUAAUAGUAAAGCACUGUACCUAUAUCCCACAGUACUACUUGUACAGUAUAGCAGAAAUUUCUGUAAAAUUGAAGAGGCUUCACACGCAGAUAUUUCAUUGAGGAUCACUUUGAACAAACACUGUGAAGAUUGAGGGCCUUCCCCAACAUCCCUCCUCUCAUGUAGUUUGUUCUGUGGUGCUAGCCAUAAAAUAUAUUCCUCAUCUAAAUGUAAGCACAGCAUUGUAGCCAAACCUGUUGUUUAAUGGUACAUCCAUGAAAAUUGCUUGUUUUUGGUGCCUGUUAUUUUGAGAGUAAUUCACAGAUAUAAAUGGGCUUACUAUUGUAUAUGCCUGCAUAUCAAAACUCAAGAUUUCAGUGGCCUAUUUAGUCAGAAUAUCUGCACAAAAGACUCAGUGGACCAAAAAGGGGAGGUCUAGCUGUCGUGACGGGGACUGUCUACUGACAGCUCAGACAGUAGUAAUCACUGAUUAAUGCCUAUAUUUUAAAGCACAGACAGUAAUUAUCAAUGUUUUUACUACUGAUAACCUGCUGUCUCUAUUGCUGCUUUUCUUGUUGGCUGUGUGACUAGAGAUGUAUAGAUGCACUGAGCAUGUUAUUUUUACACUGAAUAUGCAUAUGUGUGAAUGGGAGGAAAUACUGUGUACUGUGAUAUAGUGAGAUUAUUAAGAGCAAUGCAGAGAGUAUAGGACCAACAUUCCAGAGAAUUAUACGUUCAUUUCCUGUGCUGUUAUGGUAAAUGAGAGAAUAAGAGUUAAGAUUUGUGUCUAUCAAAUAAAUUACAAUUUAUACUAGAGCAGGUUGUACUCUAAUGGCCAUCUAUUAGGGGUGUUUUGAUGCCUUUGUGCAAUAUGCAAACGUAAAUGUGCAACUGUAAACCUAUUAUGAGAGUGUAUGCGUGUGCGCUCGUGCUGCUGUAUGUUACACUGAUGACCUUUGAUUUCACUGAAACGUUUAAUACAGGCUUUUUGCUCUGUCUUGCCCAUUUCAUAGGAAUAAAAGUUGUUUUCAUUGAACUCUUUAUAAUUUCAGUUUGAUUUGGAAAAAAAAAAAACAUUAAAAUGUAAAUGCAUAGAAAAAAUAAGAAAGUAUUUGAAGAUUUGAAAUCUGUUUCAAAAGAAGAAGAAAAAAGGAGACAUCCAAAGUCUGAUUACAUACACCGUACACAGCUGCACUGGUAUAUGUGCAGCUGUAAAGCACUAUGUAAUUAUUUUUCCUUACCUAAUGCAGGUCUUGGAUAACCUGCUCUCCAUUAUGCCAACUAAGAAAUUGUGAAGCUACAGAUUUGAGGAUCGUCCUCUGCUACUCAUACUGAAAUUAAUAUCUAUACAUGCACCUUUUGAUUUUGCCUUUAAAUUAAAUAUUAACAUUCUCCAUGGCGUCGUUUGCAGGAAACAGAAGCUAUAUUACUGCACUGCAUGAUUGAUUUGAUGUUUUCACUGUAGUUUUGGAGAAUUCCGUUCACUGGUUACCAUGAAAACAGUCGCUGCUGCUUCAGCCCUCACACGGUAGAAAUGUGCAAAUAAAAAUGUUCAACAAGCUGAAA